AUGACGUAUCCACUGCUACCUGUUGGCGCCACUGGCGCGGUCUAUGUCAGGAAGCACUAUCCGGCCCUUCUCAAAGACAUCAUCCGGGACUGCACCGACAGCAUCAACGCGCUUAACCUGUUCAACGAGCUUGUCUCGGCCCAGGAUGGCAUCGCCCCGGACUCUCCAGGCUUCAAGGAGUUCGACGCCCAUGGCGGCGACAUGGCGUGCCACAUCCGCGCCGGAAUGCUGCACGAGCUCUACGACAAGCAUCGGGCCUAUUUCCUGGAGACCGGGCAUGAGUUCCUGGAUAAUCCCGUCGUCCACUACUACAUGACCCAGUUUGAAACCGUGCGGUCCCGCGCCCAGCACGCCUGUACCCAGCUCACCAAGCACAACACCGACCCAGAGAAGCUCGGGUUCGAGCGCAAGCGCGACACCCUCCUGCACAUCGUGCAGGUGCUCGGGUGGGAGAAUGAGAAAGGUGGUGGUGGCGGACCGUUUGAUUUCCUUCCCUCCUAUGGAGACACGUCUCCUACAACCACCAGCCCCGGAGGCGAGAGCAUGCCCGGUUCAACGGGGACGCGUUCAUCCAUCUCGUCCUCCGCCGGGACGGGGGCAUCCACGCCCCUUCACUCGUCCAUGUCUACGCUCUCUCUGGCCUCGUCCAUCACGCCCAUGUCGUCACCAUCAUCACCCUCGCACAGCGCGUACAAACGCGACGCCACGGCCCCGACCUGGGACGUGCACGAUUCCUACACGGCCGUGCUCUUCCUGGCCGCCGCCGCGGUGCUGGCCGACUUCAAGGAAUUCGCGCGGAUGGGCUCCCGCAUUACCGUCCGCUUCGUGCCCCAGAAGGCCCUGGACCACGGCAAUGAGCUCAUCGAGCCGUACUGGGACCGCUCGAACACCAACUACGUGGAUUUCAAGAUCAACCGCGUCAAGGACCGGCACUGCUUCCUGCAGAAGUGGUUGUCCCUGAUAUCCUGCUCGUGGGUGCAGAGCUGGGCGGCUAGACUGCAACUAUCCGACGAUCUUCAACGGUAA